AAGGCAGGGCUAGAGGGAGAGGCUCUGCAGUUGGAACAGAGAAACCUGUUUCUUCCCCUGAAGGACAGAACACACCCAGUGUCCUCCUCAAAACGAGGUCUGCCUUUCAGAAGGCCCGUCCUUCCCCUCCGCGGCAGGCCGGUAACCUCUCCGCUCCCCCGGCUGCGGCCUCUGGCUGCUCCUCCUCGGACGUCCCCCCGGAGACUGGCACCUCGUGGCAACCCGGGGGUGCCUUCGGCUGGGAUUACGCCACCGCCCACGCACCCCUCACCCGCUGCAGCCAGGAGGGGCGCAACCCCCGGCAAACUCCAGCAGCUCACCUGGAGGAUUGAACGGCACCGCAAGAAAAACCAAGAAGACCAUGAUGUCCCUCGGCAGCAGCUCAAAAGGUCGGUCGCUCCCGCCCGGAGAAGAAGAACGAAAGAAUAUCCUAAGGCAAAUGAAGGUACGAACCACGCUGAAGGGGGACAAGAGUUGGAUCAAUAAACAGGAGGAGACAGAGAGUCGGACAAUGGAAUUACCCUCCAAUGGGAGACAUUCCUCUUCCUCAUCACCUCCUGUCACCCCCCGGAGUAAUAAUAGGGGGAUGUUUACCCAGUCCGAAGCGACUUCUUCUAAUACUCAGUCUGCUCCUGACAGUGACUGCUCCAAAAGGCCUCCAAAUGCCAAGGCUCCUACAGGCUACAUUAUCAGGGGAGUAUUUACCAAGACGAUCGACAACACAACUCAGCCUCAGCAGUACUUGCCUAACGCUAAUGGAGUCCAAAAGAGGGCUGCAGUUCAGGCAAAGGUGGCAAGUCUUCCCCGCCAAUCCAACUCAGGCUACAAGAUGACAACAGAAGAUUACAAGAAACUAGCUCCAUACAACGUCAGGCGUAGCUCCGUAGACACGGAUGAAGAAGAGUCUCCCUUUUCUUCCGAAGAGCAAAAAAGGAGAUCGGAGGCAGCCAGCAGCGUGGUGAGGAAAGCCGCUACCCGGGAACGCUCCUAUGUCCUGUCUGCUGCCAAGAAAAGCACCGGAAGCCCAACUCAAGAUGUGCCACCCCCGUUUAUUGCUAAGAGGGUGGAGAUUGUGGAAGAAGAAGGCCCAAGUGAGAGGAGCCAAUCUUCGCCAGCUUCAGCGAGACCCAGUUCUGGUUUAACCAGGGUUCACGGGGCCAGAAAUCAAACUGGCAGCACCAGUGAGACGGAAACCACAUCUAAGAGCCCUGUUCCAACAUCCAGGGGCCUGGAUAGAAGAGAGGAAGUAGAGAAUAGAACUCCUGAGCCACAACCCAGGACUGAAUCUAACCCAAGAGCCAUCCCCACACCUGAGAAAAGAGAGGAAGCUGUUAGAAAGGCUCCGGAACCUCAGCCCAGGACUGAAACCAAGCCAAGUGCUCCACAGACUGCAGAGAAAAGUGAAAAGGAAGAGGAAGCUGAACUAAUAUCCUGGAGUGAUGUAAUCGUGCCUAGAGUCAACCCAUCCCCCAGUACUAGCAGCGUUGGGAGAAUCGAUAAGAGUCCUGAGCCACAGCUCCGGAAUGAAGAGAAGCCAAAAGCCAGCUCCCCAGAUGGAAGUGAAAAAAGAGAAGAAACUCCCAUUCCUGCUAGGAGGACAACGCCACCAGAUCAAAAAGUCGAAAUCCCCCGUAUUGUUAUCUCCCCUGAGAUAAGUCAGCAGAGCAGGUCAAACUCCCAGACUCAAGAAAGUACUGAAAUUACACGGGAGAAUCAAGAUGAAGUUUCUAGACCAAAGGAGGAGGCUGGAUUUGCUCCCAAAAGGCCAGCCCAGGGCUCUGAAGAAAAUACCGUCCCCAGAACCAGAGACAGCAGAGGAGAAAUGCCAAGUGAAGUAGACAGCAAGGAAGCUUACCCUGACGUGGACAGGUCAAGCACUUGGUCUACAGACAGUAACCAUGGCUCCACGGGAUCCCAGAAUGAAGACCCGGAGGAUGCCGAAAGUAACCCCCAAAGGAGGUCUAUCCCAAAUUACAAUGAGAAAAACGUCACUAGUAACAGAGAAAUCACUCGUAACAGAGAAACUGGUUCGGAGAGUUCUAGAAUCAUGGAGGAUGAACUCCAUGGGACAAGGUCUGGUUCACACUACAGAGAGAGCUGCGUCACAGAGACCCGUCGCGAACAUUCUGCCGUUGGAGAGCACAGAGAACCUUACUGGAAUUUGGCAAAUAGGGUGAACUCGGAAGAGAGCUGCAUCACCUCCCCAGAUGACCAGUACGGGCGUCCCUUCAACAUGGACUUCUGCAAGCCUAGCCCCAACAUCCCAUCCACCUCAAACGCGACUGUCACCACUACUGAAACUAGGUAUGGAGGUCCACCAAAUGGGGACGAUUCCAAUUCAGACCCCACGAGAGAACCUGAAUCUGGAGACCUCAGGACAGGGAGCCAGCACGGAGGAGUCGACUACAGCUUGCAGAGGACGCGUGCCAGUUACGAAGAUAAAAGCAUUACCGUCACCACCAGGGAGACCAGGCUUGACACUCCGGCUGGCAACCGGCCCGAUCCCAACACGUCGGACCAACACUUCAGAGACUGCAGUGUCACCACCACCGAGCUUACUCGCGGAGGAUCCCCUCAGCUCGACAACCUCGAUCCCAGUUCUAGAAGCAAAGAGAUCCUCUUUGUGAAGAAGUAUACGAACACUAGUGAGUUAUCUCGUGGGAAAUCAUCCUCUUCACCCUACGGCAGCACCAGCAGCUUGGAUGAUUGGUCUGAUAUUGAAAGGUCCACAUCCUCCGCUUCCAGUUACCAGUACAGCAAUCCUCCCCAGAGGGUGAGCGAUGGCACCUGUACUUAUUGCAGCCGGGAGAUUGGAGACUGCCCCAAAAUAACCCUACAGCAUCUUGGCAUUUGUUGCCAUGAUUAUUGCUUUAAGUGUGGGAUUUGCCAUAAGCCCAUGGGUGAUCUUCUGGAUCAAAUUUUCAUUCAUCGUGAUACCGUUCACUGUCAGAAAUGUUAUGAGAAGCUCUUCUAGACUCGAAGGAUCAUCAGCCUGAUGACUUCAGAUGCUGUUACGCCAUUCCUGAUCAUGCCAUAUUCACCAAACUGCCACUCUUCCCCUCCUCUGAUUUAUUUAUACCUCACCCUUUCAUCCAAAGGAAUCUUUUUGUCAUCCAGUUAUCUUACCCAGGAGUGACAGCAUUAAUAAGACAAUCCAUCUUUACUUACGAGAGAAAACAUUCUUAAGUUUGUCUUAAGCUUUCUAAUGAGUUGGGAAUUUUCUUUGCGUAUUAAGUAUGGCUCAGUGGGAUUUUUUCAAAGGGUACUGUCAUCUCCCAGGAAUUGAUAGAUGAAUGAAAUCGGCCUGCAGUUCUUGGUGUGGAAGAACCUCGAAAGUCAUAAAGGCCGAUCGAAAGGCAAGCGAACAAGGAUUCUUUAUGAAUCACUAAACUGCAGAAAGAACACAGGCCUAAAACCUACUGGCAGAUUUUGCCCACUAGUCACUGCAGAUGCCCAUUAUAAUGAACAACAAUUUCCCUCUUGCCUGCUGUCCGUGUUUUUUCUGAAAUCUUGACUUUAAUCAAAUCGGUGGCUGAUUUCAAUACUCUCCCUUCCACCUCACACUGGAUUAGAUUCUCUUCCGUGCAUGAUUUCUCUGUGUCCCGAAAAGCUAUACCCAGAAUUUUAAGCAGCGAAUCCCGGAGAGCUGAUUACUGAAGGGGUGUAUGAUGUUUGUGCCUGCUGUCUGUGAAUCUGUAAUGGAUUCUUAAAAACUGGCCUAAUGAAAGUGUUGGCCCAGUGAAGUCAUUCUGCUUUAAAUUACCACCUUGAUAGAUGUAGGCAAAGUUUAUCACUCUGUCUCUAGUUGACAUUAGAAAAAAGCCAACCCCCCGAUACGUCAAAUGUAGACUGUAUUCAGAAAGCAAAGAAAGGAAAACCUAAAUGCAAACAUUAAUAUCAGCAGUAGAGAAUGACUGAUAAUCACAUUUCUCAGUUCUAACAGUGGCAGAGACUGCUGUUUACAGAAAACCACAGCCAUUUUGUCUUUGAAAUAGCAAGACUAUUCUUAAAACAGGAAGCCUCACCUGCCUGCCAUUCAACUGUGGAGUGGAUAAUCUUCAGGGAAGCUUAAUUUGCUUCAUACCCCAAAUUUACACCGAAUAUUAAGGUAUCCCUUUGGAUCAGAGUGUGUUCGAUUUCAAACGAGGGCCGUGGCAGAGAUGCAUCCUAAUUCAGUACAGAGAGUCAUCAUUCUAGUAGAAUAGAGGGACCUAAAAUGAAAAUUCUAGAAAAGUUUAAAGGAAGGGUUAUUAGGGACCCCUAGUAAGAAACAGAUGAAAUAGAUCUCGGUAGGUUCCAAAUUACCUCCCUAUUUCAGAGCCAAAAAAUAUCUGUAAAAGUCCGACUAUGCAGGACGCUGGUAUCUAGCGGCAAGUUUGAAGACCAGAAGUUCCUUCAAUGCAUCAAUAGAUUCCAUUAUCUUUAGAUUAGAAUAAUAUUUUGCAAAAUUUUAAGUAGCAGGUUGGGUUGCACUAAAUUUUUACUUCAUUGCUCUGUUUUUCACCUGUAGUAGUUUAACCUACAAACAUGAGUACGAUUAUGAUUAAACUAUUUCAUGUAAUCAGUAGUCCCGUGUUAAAGCGUUAACCUGCUUUUGUUUGCAAGUGGAAUAAAAUGGUGUGAUGGGCUGUUUGAUUUUA